AUAAAUCCGCAAUCACUACGUGGUACUAAGACAGGUGUGUACGUCGGGGUCUCCAUAUACCCCAUGACUGAGGGAUAUCCCGAUGAAGUUCAGCCCGAUUUGAAAAAGAGUGUUCAAAGGGGAGGAUUGAAUUCACUGUCGCGAGCGAAAGGCCUGUACGCGAGUCGUAUAUCAUUUGUGUUUGACUUUAAGGGUCCGUCACUUAUUUGCGACACCGCCUGUUCGGCCAGUUUGACGGCCACUACACUCGCCAUGAAUGACAUGAGACUCGGAAACAUCGAUACGGCUAUUGUUUGCGGCACUCAUAUGCUGUUCGAGCCAUUUGUACUGCAAGUGCAACAGGAGUCGGGUCUGUGUUCGCCCAGAGGUGUGGCCGCAGUUCUCGAUGAGAACGCCGACGGCUUUGUCAAAGGAGAGGCCGUGUGCUGUGCUUUCCUACAGCGCAGGCGCAACGCCCGGCGUGUGUACGCCACCUUGGUCAAUGCCAAAAUGAACAUCGAUGGUAAUAAGACAACUGGUAUGUACUUCCCAUCGGCCGACGCUCAGGAGGAGCUCAUGAUUGAUACGUACAAAGAGGUCAAUGUGGACCCCCUGGAGCUCACUUAUUUCGAGGCUCACUGUACGGGAACUAAGGCCGGCGAUCCGCAGGAAAUAAAGGCCAUAUACAACGCCUACGUGAAAGCUCCGGGACGUACUGAACCCCUGCCGUUGGGAGUGUUUAAAAGUAAUGUCGGCCACUCGGAGGCGGGCUCUGGUGUGUCGGCAUUGAUUAAGGCGUGUAUUGUAUACGAGAAUGAAUGCAUUCCUCCCAACCUUAAUAUGAAACAAUUGAAAGAGGAAUGCCUUCCCUAUUGUCCACCAAUUAUGCCUAUAGUGAAGUGCACGCCCUAUAAACCAGGUUUAGCGGCAGUGAAUAACUUCGGUAUAGGGGGUGCGAACGCACACGUAUUGCUCGAACCCAACCCUAAAGUGGGAACCAGUGAUGGACUGAGAAUUGCGGAAACGAUUCCCAGAAUUGUCAACAUUUGCGGCCGAACUGAAGAUGCGGUCAAAUAUGUGAUGGAUUUCAUACAAAACAACCCAAAGAGAGUGACGAAUGACUUUUUGGCACUUUUGGCAAACGCUAUGAAAUACACGCCUAAUAUUCACUCAUCGGGAAUGCCUUUCAGAGGUAAAGGUUUGCGACCGCUUUGGGUAAUGUUCCCGGGUUUGGGCGGUCAGUGGCCGGCAAUGGCUAAGGCUUUGAUGACAAUCAAAAUAUUCGCCGAUAAAGUGGAAGAAUGCCAUCAAAUACUCAAAGACGCUGGACAUCACACCCGANCGUUGUUUGAAGUGAUGAAAGCGCUGGACAUCACACCCGACGGCAUAAUUGGCCACUCGUUUGGAGAGAUAGCCUGUGCUUACGCUGACGGGUGUCUCGACACACGAGAAUCAAUGGUCGUCACAUCUAUUCGGGGAAUCGUUACGGAAAAUGACAAAAAUAUACCGAAAGGACUGAUGGCUGUCGUGGGGUUACCGAAGGCUGAAAUGCAAAAGUUGUGUCCAAACGGUGUUUACAUCGCCUGUAAUAACGCUAAGGAUAGUGUUGUCAUAUCAGGCCCGGAAAAGGAGAUGAGAGAAACCAUUAAAUCGUUGUCCGCGAAGAGUAUAUUUGUGCGUCAAUUGGAGAGCAGUAAUAUUGCCUACCAUUCAAAAUACAUCCAAACCUCUGCCCAACCGUUGAUCGACGCCAUCGACAAACAUAUACCGCAUCCGAAGCCGCGCUCAAAGAAAUGGUUGUCCACUUCACUCAUGACCGCUGACCCGAAGGACGAGCGGUUGCGGUGCGCGUCGGGCGCCUACUAUGCCUACAAUCUGGCCAACCCUGUUCAAUUCUAUGACCGACUCCAUGAAAUACCUGCCGAUGCUAUAGUACUAGAGUUGGGUCCGCACUCACUGUUUGGCAAAAUAUUUGCCGAAACACUCAAUCAGUGCUCUUAUGUAUCGCUCAUCAAAAAGGACUCAAACGACACGAAUAUGGAUAUGUUUUUGUCGGGUUUGGCCGCACUAUACGAGUUGGGCGUUAAUAUGUCGGUCGAUAAACUCUACCCGUGUGUCGAGUGGCCGGUCGUGAGGGACACCCAAGCGAUAAACUCGCUGAUCAAAUGGGACCACAGCUCACAUAUUCACACACCUCUAUAUCCGGAGCGCUAUAGCCGUACAAACGCUGCGGACAUGAAUGUGAACAUCAAUUGUCGCCUUCAGGAGGAAUUAGAGAGCAGUAAUAUUGCCUAUCAUUCAAAAUACAUCCAAACCUCUGCCCAACCGUUGAUCGACGCCAUCGACAAACAUAUACCGCAUCCGAAGCCGCGCUCAAAGAAAUGGUUGUCCACUUCAGUCAUAACCGCUGACCCGACGGACGAACGGUUGCGAUGCGCGUCGGGCGCGUACUAUGCCUACAAUCUGGUUAACCCUGUUCAAUUUUAUGACCGACUCAAUGAAAUACCUGCCGACGCUAUAGUACUAGAUGCUCUUAUGUAUCGCUCAUUAAAAGACUCAAACGACAUAAAUAUGGAUAUGUUUUUAUACGAGUUGGGCGUUAAUAUGUCGGUCUGUAAGCUCUACCCGUGUGUGGAGUGGCCGGUGCCGAGACGUACGCAAGCGAUAAACUCAUUGAUCAAAUGGGAUCACAGCUCACAUAUUCACACACCUCUAUAUCCGGAGCGCUAUAGCCGUACAAACGCUGCGGACAUGAAUGUAAACAUCAAUUGUCGCCUUCAGGAGGAAUCGUUUUAUUUGGACCAUCGCGUCGACGGCCAGUCUAUAAUGCCGGCCACCGGCUAUCUGAUGCUGGCCUGGCGUGACUUUGCGGUAUACGAGAAGGACAACGCGUGUGUUUCGGGCAAAAUCAGGGCGUCUGUGGGCGACGACACACUAAUCGCGCAGCACUUGCUCUACAAUAGUGACCGGCGUUUGGCGGCCGCCGAACACACCAUACGUACGGACGAUAUUUACAAAGAGUUACGUAUUAUGGGCUUAGACUAUAAGCAGUCGUUCAAAAGGCUCCGGACUGUGGGCACCGAUGACUACAACGAGUUUUACGGUGUGUGCGAAUGGGACGGCAAUUGUGUCACAUAUCUAGACGGACUGAUUCAGGUGAGGGGCCUAUCGGUGCCCUUCCGGAAGUUACUGUUACCGGUGCUCAUACGUAGGCUACGGCUCGACCCGCGGGUUAUGUUUGACGCUUUUCGUAGCCAUAGGCGCGGGUGA